CUCCAGCAGAGAGCACUGGUGCAUUUCCCUUCUCAGCCCCUCUCGGAUUCCAGAAGGCUGGCUUUCCCUGACUUUGCUCUGUGGGAAUGUCACAAUUCUCAGCCCCAAGCCUUAGACUGAACCUGUCCUCCAGCAAGACCCAGGGCACUUUCCUCUGCUGCAUUUUUCUCCAUUUGCCCCUUAAUUUUUUUCAGAUUUUUUCCCUUUUAAUUUUAAUGAAUCCCUUAAAACAGGAGUAAAACCUUAACCAAAUGAGCUGAUUAAAGCUUAUAUAAUCCUCUCAAGGAUCCUUAAAUCAGGAUCUCUUUGUCGCAAGGCGGAAAACAGGAAUCUAGGAAGGUUUCACCACCCUUAGCAAAGGUGCCUAGUGACAUUUGCAAAGCAGGUGACUGAUGGUGCAUUUUAACAAGCCCUGUUUUGUUUGCCAUAGAAGGGACACCAGUUCUGCUGGGCUACCUGGAAGAUUCACAGACACAGGGACUCUAAUCUCAAGCCACAGGUGAAAAUCCAUGGCAGACGCACCUCGAUCAAACUAAAAAGCUCUUUUGCCAGCUCUCCUGUGGAUUUUUCAGCACUGGGAGCAACUUCACAGCAGCGUCUUAGGUAAACGCCAAAUCUCUCCAGGGCUCCAAGGACUCUUCCAUCAGCCUUCUAAAGCCCCAAUCUGUUGCACACCAGAUUCCCCUUGAGGGGAGUGUCCUCCGGACCAUUGGAUCUAGGAGCGUGACAUUCAAUUACAGAAGGAGACGCAUUAGCUCAGAGGCAGCAGCAGCCCCUUAAUCACUGUUCUGGUUUGAGAUCCAUGCAGCUCUGGAAGUAUUUUGAAUCCUGAAGUAUUUUUUGUAGCCUGGGGUUAUUUCUGAGGGCAAGGUGCUUCCAGCGGGACCAUGUCUUUCGCCGAAUUCUUACACCAGGUGGGCGGUAUGGGACGUUUCCAAAUUAUCCACACAAUGUUGCUUACCAUCCCCAUCGUGCUGAUGGCCAGCCACAACCUCCUGCAGAACUUCACUGCCGCCAUCCCAGGGCACCACUGCCAAGUCCAUAUCGAUGCCAACAACACCCGCUACCCUAAUGCCACCCUGCACCUGGACUCCCAGGACCUGCUCCGGGUCGCCAUCCCCAUGGACAGGAACCGGCAGCCAGAGAAGUGCCGCCGCUUUGUCACUGCUCGGUGGCAGCUCCUAGACCCCAAUGUCACCGAGCCCAAUGGAACUCAGCUGGACACAGAGCCCUGCACAGAGGGAUGGACCUAUGAUAGGAGCAUGUUCACCUCCACCAUCAUUACUGAGUGGGACCUGGUGUGUAACUUGCGGAAGUUCCGGCAGAUGGCUCAGUCAAUCUACAUGGCUGGGGUGCUGCUGGGAGCGCUCGUGCUAGGCGGUCUCUCUGACAGGUUUGGACGCAAGGCAAUGCUGAUCUGGUCCUUUCUGCAGCUGGCUGUGAUGGGAACCUGCACGGCCUUCUCCCCCAGUUACAUCUCCUACUGUAUCUUCCGCUUCCUGGGUGGGAUGGCACUGUCUGGCUUUGGGCUCAGCAUCGCCUGCCUGAUUGUGGAGUGGAUCCCCACUGAGUUCCGCACCAUCACCAUUGCCAUCACAGGAUUCGUCUACACCCUGGGCCAGAUCCUACUGGCGGGCUUGGCAUAUGGCAUCCCAGACUGGCGCUGGCUCCAGCUGACUGUGUCUUUGCCUUUCUUCUUCUUCUUCAUCUAUGCCUGGUGGUUUGCAGAAUCUGCCCGCUGGCUGGCUCUGGCAGGUAAAGCUGACAGAGCAGUGAAGGUGCUCCAAAGGGUCGCCAGAGUGAAUGGGAAACGGGAAGAAGGGGAGAAGAUUACCACAGAGAUCCUAAAAUCCAAAAUGCAGAAGGAACUGUCCACAGUGAAGUCCUCCUACACUAUCUCGGAUCUGGUACGAACGCCCGCCAUACGCCGGAUAUUCUGCUGCCUCUCAAUUGUGUGGUUCUCUACCAGUUUCUCCUAUUACGGGCUGGCCAUGGACCUACAGAACUUUGGCGUCAGUAUCUACCUGAUCCAGUUGAUUUUUGGAGCUGUCGACUUCCCAGCCAAAGUGGUGGUCACCAUUUCCAUGUCCUACAUUGGGCGCAGGGUCACGCUCUCAGCCUUCCUCCUCCUGGCUGGGCUUGUGAUCAUCGCAAACAUCUUUGUGCCCAGAGAGCUGCAGAUAGUCCGCACAUCACUGGCUGUGAUUGGGAAGGGAUGUCUUUCAGCUGCGUUCAACUGCGUGUUUCUAUUCACAACUGAGCUCUACCCCACACCGAUCAGGCAGACCGGACUGGGCUUUGGCAGCACCAUGGCCCGGGUAGGAGGUAUUGUGGCUCCCUUGGCCAAGAUGUUGGAUGAAUACUUCUCCUUCCUGCCGCCAGUCGUCUACGGUGCUGCCCCAAUCAUCUCUGGCAUUGUGGCCACCUUCCUCCCGGAGACUCUCAACCAACCACUGCCAGACACUGUGGAGGAGGUGGAGAGCAGGUCCCGAAUGAAGAGGGGUGAAGACACCACAGAGAAGAUUCCCCUUCAGAACCAGGAGAAAGUUCUGCUCAAAGAGACUUUUCAAACCGGCACCAUGAGUUUUGCCGAGCUCUUAGACCACGUCGGUGGGAUGGGUCGCUUCCAAAUCAUCUAUGCGAUCUUACUGGCUAUCCCAGUUUUCAUGAUGGCCAGCCAUAACCUCCUGCAGAACUUCACUGCUGCCACCUCUGAGCACCACUGCCAGGUCCAUAUCAACAUCAACAACACUCCUUACACCAACCUCACCAGAAAGCUCGCUGCCAAGGACCUCCUCAGGGUCUCCGUCCCCAUGGACAGCAACCAGCAGCCAGAGAAAUGUCACCGCUUUGUCACUAUGCAGUGGCAGCUCCUAGACUCCAAUGCCACAGUCACAAACCUAACCGAGCUGGAGACUGAACCCUGCGCUGAUGGGUGGGUGUACGACAAGAGCAUUUUCACCAGCACCAUCAUUACAGAGUGGGACCUGGUGUGUGACUCCCGGCAGCUGAAGCAGAUGGCUCAGUCCAUCUACAUGGCUGGGAUCCUGGCGGGAGGCAUCAUCUUUGGAGGACUGUCAGACAGGUUUGGCCGCAGGUCUCUCUUGAUCUGGUGCUACUUGCAGAUGGCUGUCACGGGCACCAGCACUGCCUUCUCGCCCAGCUUCACUGCCUACUGCAUCUUCCGUUUCCUGACCGGAAUGGCCUUCUCGGGCAUUGUGAUGAACGGUGUCUCUCUGUCUGUAGAAUGGACACCCACCCGCACACGGGCCGUUGUGGGCACCAUGUAUGGAUACUGCUACACAAUCGGGCAGUUCAUUCUGGCAGGGGUGGCUUACGUCAUCCCCAAUUGGCGCUGGCUGCAGCUUGUGGUGUCUUUGCCCUAUUUCAUCUGCUUCAUCUAUUCCUGGUGGUUUGCGGAGUCUGCCCGCUGGCUGGUAAUAGCCGGCAGACCUGAUGAGGCAGUGAAACAGCUCCAGAGAGUGGCCAGGAUAAACCGGAAGAAAGAAGAAGGAGACAAACUCAACAUAGAGGUCUUGAGAUCCAACAUGCAGAAAGAAAUAGCCUCUGCAAAGAGCAGCUAUACCUUCAUCGACCUGGUGCGGACCCCUGUCGUACGCCGGAUCUCCUUCUGCCUCUGCUUUGUAUGGUUCUCCACCAGCUUUGCCUAUUAUGGGUUGGCCAUGGACCUGCAGAAUUUCGGUGUCAAUAUCUUCUUGAUCCAGCUGGUCUUUGGAGCUGUUGAUAUCCCAGCGAAGUUCAUCUCAGUCCUCACAAUCAGCUUUAUUGGGCGCCGGUUCACACAGGCCUUGACCCUCAUCCUGGCUGGACUCUCUAUCCUAGCCAACAUCUUUGUUCCACAAGAUCUGAAGACCCUGCGCACCGUUCUGGCUGUCGUUGGAAAAGGCUGUCUUGCUGCCUCCUUUAACUGUGUCUACCUCUACACGAGUGAGCUGUACCCCACAGUGAUUAGGCAGACUGGCAUGGGUUUGAGCAACACCAUGGCGCGUCUGGGCAGCAUCAUUGCCCCAUUGGUGAAGAUGUUGGAGGAAUACAUUCCCUUCCUGCCACUGAUCAUUUAUGGAGCUGCCCCAAUCAUCUCCGGCAUUGCAGCGACCUUCCUGCCCGAGACGCUCAACGUGCCAUUGCCUGAGACCAUAGAGGAGGUGGAGACACGACCCAGGCAUCUGAGAAAUGAACAACAACAAAUGAAGAUCCUUCUGAAACCCACCGUGCCAGACCCAGCCAAGGAAGCCAGUUAAGGAAAGAAAAAUGAGCAACUGUUGUAGGGGCUAUGGGUACAAUUUUCAAAAGUGCCUAAGUGCCUUAGGAGCCUAUGUUCCAUUUUCACCAGUGACUUAGCCACUCCCAUGAGAGUUAGGUGCCUCACCUACCUGAGCACUUCUGAAAAUCCCCCUGGGCACUUAUCGGAAUCUCUUGGCAUCUAAAUACCUUGGAAAAUGUGGCUCCCAAUCACUUUCGAAAGUGGGUGUUUAGGCACUUCUGAAGACUCCGCCCUAUCUCUUUUACUGUUUUAAUCAUGCCAGAAGUACUAUGCAGGCAUCAGUGACAACUCCAUAGGGGUUGAAUUUUGCACUUAAUGCAGGGAAUCAACCUCUUCAAACAGCAUGUUGACCUCCAAAUCACAGCAGGAAUUUAUACCACGGGACCUGCUGCUGUGCAAGGUGGUGGACAAGAAUGAAUUACUCUAUGUAGCUCCUCCAUGUAGUUCAAAACCUAGUGUUGCACUCUGCUGGGAUCCAACAUAUGGUACCCAAGAGCUCAGCAAAUACUUUCGGGCCAGAUCCUCAGCAAGUGUUAAUCCACGUAGUUGAGGAUUGGCCCAGUACUGCAGGACAGUCACGUGGUGGCAAUUCUUAAGGGAAUUCUGUAAGAAUAUGUACAGAAAUGAUGGCAGAAUAUAGGAACUGCUGGACUGAUCACAGCCAAGGUCCAUGUAGUCUCUCUGACAGUGGACAGCAAUAGAUGCCUUAGAGGAAGGUGUUAGAAAUCUGCAGUGGGCAGAUAUGAAAUAAUCACCCCACCAUUAAGUCUCAUCCUGAUCUUGAACAGUCAUUAAAGUUGGGGGAAAAAUGAAUUUUUCAGCUCACUCGCAAUCUGGAAAAAAUCAAAGGGAAAAACAUGUUUUGGCUGAAAAUGAAAUUGUUCAAAAUUUUCAGCAAAUCAAAAAGAGUAACAAAUGUGUUUCAAACUAAACAUUUUGCUUUGAUUGCAAAUUGCUUUUAAACUUUUUAGUAUUUUUUUUAUUAAAAAACAAUUAAAGGAAAUUUCUAAACAAAGUUGUUUCAAAUCGAAAAAUCAAAACAUUUAGACUUUUUGGGGAUUUUCCCCCCUGAAAUGAACAAUUCAGCAAAACCAACAUGAAAUCAUGAACCAUUGCAGUGUCACCAAAUCUGCAUUUUUCAUCCCAAAAAAAGUUUUGGUUGAAAAAUCUCGCACAGCUUCGCUAGUCACACAUUGGCUUAAGGCCCGAAGCAUGAGGUUUAUAUGCCUUCUAAAACUCUUUGUUGUAUUAUUGAUAUUCCUGUUAUCCAUAGAGAUGUCCAGUUCCCCUUUGACUCUUCCUAAGUUGUGGCCUCAAUGUCAUCUUGUAUCAGUGAGUUCCACAGUCUAACACCAUCAUGUCAGAAAGGAUAUUUCCUUCGUUCAGUUUUGAAAACAGGGAAGGGAACCCAGGAGUCCUGAUUCUCAGUUUCCCCUGCCCCAGCCCACUACAUUUCACUGCCCUCAGAGUCGGGAGUCCUGACUCCCAACCCCCCCAACACAAACACACUGUAACCUCCCCUCCCAUUCCAGAGCUGGGAAUGGAACCCGGGAGUCCCGACUCUGAGCCCCAUCUGCUCUAACCAUUAGACACUACUCUCCAGCCAGAGCUGGGAACAGAACUCAGAAGUCCUGACCUUCAUUCCUGCUGCUCAGACACACUAGACUCCAUUCCUUCCAGAACUUGUAACCAAACCCAGGAAUCCUGAUUCUCAGCCCCUACAGCUCUAACCACUAGACCCUACUUCCCUCACAGAACCGGAAAAGAAACCCAAGAAUCCUGAUGCCUAGUUUGAACCACCAGACCACUCAAUUACACCAGUAUAAAUCACGACUGAAGGGGUGACUACAGCUUGAGCAGUCAUAUCUGAGCUAGCUUUACUCUCGCUAGCUCAGGUACCAGAGCAAUACGUCAGCACAGGCUGUACAAGCCUGUCUGGACCCCUGGGUCAUUAGUCACAGGACUAGCCCAUGCUGAAGCAUGGGCUGCUGCAGCUUCACUGUUCUGGGAGCCAAGCUAGCGAGAUGAAAACGAGCUGGGGUAUGUCUGCUCCAGUUGCAAUUGCAGCCUCUGACUGCAGCAUAGAUCGACCCUAACUCAGCUGCCUUGUGUAUGUCUACACUACGGGAUUACUCCGAUUUUACAGAAUUCGAUUUUUGGCAACAGAUUGUAUAAAGUCGAGUGCAUGCAGCCACACUAAGCACAUUAAUUCGGCAGUGUGCGACCAUAGUACCGAGGCUAGCGUCGACUUCCGGAGUGUUGCACUGUGGGCAGUUAUCCCAUAGUUCCUGCAGUCUCCCCUGCCCAUUGGAAUUCUGGGUUGAGAUCGCAAUGCCUGAUGGGGCAAAAAAUAUUGUCACUGGUGGUUCUGGGUACAGCCUCCCCCCUCUCUCCGUGAAAGCAAUGGCAGACAACCAUUUUGUGCCUUUUUUCCCGGGUGAACUUUGCAGAUGCUAUACCACAGCAAGCAUGGAGCCCGCUCAGCUCAAGACAGCAGUCAUGAACACUGUAAACACCUGGCGCAUUAUUGUGUAGUUUAUGCUGAACCAGAACCUGAAAAACCAGGCGAGGAGGAGGUGGCAACAGCUGCAGGGGGGAUGACGAGAGUGAUGAGGACAUGGACACAGAAUUCUCUCAAACCGCGGGCCCCGGCUCUUUGGAGAUCAUGGUGUUAAUGGGGUAGGUUCUAGACAUGGAACGCAGAUUCUGGGCCUGGGAAACAAGCACAGACUGGUGGGACAGGUCUGGGACGAUUCCCAGUGGCUGCAUAACUUUCGCAUGCGCUUUCAUGGAACUUUGUGACUUGCUUUCCCCUGCCCUGAAGCACCAGAAUACCAAGAUGAGAGCAGCCUUCACAGUUGAGAAGCGAGUGGCGAUAGCCCCGUGGAAGCUUGCAACGCCAGACAGCUAUCGGUCAGUUGGGAAUCAAUUUGGAGUGGGCAAAUCUCCUGUGGGGGCUGCUGUUAUGCAAGUAGCCAAAGCAAUCACUGAGGUGCUGCUACGAAAGGAAGAAACUCUGGGAAAUGUGCAGGUCAUAGUGGAUGGCUUUGCUACAAUGGAUUCCCUAACUUUGGUGGGGCGAUAGAUGGAACCCAUAUCCCUAUCUUGGCACCGGCGCACCAGGGCAGCCAGUACAUAAACUGCAAGGGGUACUUUUCAAUGGUGCUGCAAGCACGGGUGGAUCACAAGGGACGUUUCACCAACAUCAACGUGGGCUGGCUGGGAAGGGUUCAUGACGCUCGCGUCUUCAGGAACAGUAAUCUGUUUAAACAGCUGCAGCAAGGGAUUUACUUCCCAGACCAGAAAAUAACCAUUGGGGAUGUUGACAUGCCUAUAGUUAUCCUUGGGGACCCAGCCUACCCCUUAAUGCCAUGGCUCAUGAAGCCAUACACAGGCAGCCUGGACAGUAGUCAGGAGCUGUUCAACUAUAGGUUGAGCACGUGCAGAAUGAUGGUAGAAUGUGCAUUUGGACGUUUAAAGGGUCGCUGGUGCACGUUACUGACUCGCUCAGACCUCAGCCAAACCAAUAUUCCCAUUGUUAUUGCUGCUUGCUAUGUGCGUCACAAUCUCUGUGAGAGUAAGGGGGAGACGUUUAUGGUGGGGUGGGAGGUUGAGGCAAAUCGCCUGGCUGCUGAUUACGCACAGCCAGACACCAGGGCGAUUAGAAGAGCAUACCAGGAAGUGCUGCGCAUCAGAGAAGCUUGGAAAACCAGUUUCAUGACUGGCCAGGCUACGGUGUGAAAGUUCUGUUUGUUUUUCCUUGAUGAAAACCCGCCCCCUUGAUUGACUCAUUCCCUGUAAGCAACCCACCCUCCCUACUUCGAUCACAGCUUGCUUUCAAAGGAAAUAAAGUCACUAUCGUUUAAAAAUCA